UUCCUAAAGUACCACCAUUUGUACUUGGAAUCAUUUCAAAUAAUAAUGAAAAUGUAUCUCAUGUAUACAAAAUUCAUAAUCAAGUAUUAGAACUUGCGGCACAUUUUAAAAUUCAUAUUCUAUCAAUUGAAGCUGAUAGCAUAUCAAUAGAAAUUAAAGCUCAAAAAAAUAUUAUGCAAACUAAUACUAAAACAAAACUAAAUUUAUUGAUGAAUUAUAUA